AUGCAGUUCUACUCUCAAAUUCGUAAAUCAAGGAAUCCGGUUUGCCCUAAGAUUAGAUGGUGGAGACUAAAAGAUGACGUACAAAAUACUUUUACUGAUAAAGUGGUCAAACAUAGUAAGUGUGAUAGUGAAGGAGACUCCAAUGUGAUGUGGUUCAAAAUGACAACCUGUAUUAAGAAUGUAGCUAAAGAGGUCCUAUGGGAAUCGAGAGGCACUGGGCAUGACCUUAAAGAGACUUGGUGGUGGGGUGAGGAGAUCCAAAAAGCCAUCAAGCAUAAGAAGGUCUACUUUAAGACUAGGCAAAGAAUUAAGGAAGAUGAAGAUAGAAAUAAAUAUUACUCUUCCAGAAAAGAAGCUAGAAUAUUGGUGAAAAAAGCAAAGACGAAAAAAUAUGAUGAGUUCUAUAGUAACCUGAAUACCAAAGCUGGGGGAAAAGCUAUAUAUAAGUUAGCUAAGUUGAGAGACAUGAAAAACAGAGAUCUAGAACAUGUCAGGUGUAUCAAGGAUGAAAGUGGUAGAAUGCUUGUUAAGGAUGUAGACAUCAUGACAAGAUGGAGCGAUUAUUUUUCCAAGCUUUUAAAUGGAGAUAACCUGAGUGGAUCUUACCCUAUUGAGUGCCCUUCUCAUCGAGACAACACUAGACAUAGAUAUGUAAGAAGGAUUGGAGUUUCGGAGGUUAAGGAGGCCUUAACAAAGAUGAAGUUUGGAAAGACUGCAAGCCCAGACGACGUCCCUGUAAAAGUUUGGAAGAGCUUGGGGCUCAGUGGUGUAACUUGGUUAACUAAUCUUUUUAACAAGAUUACGAGUACAAGGAAGAUGCCUGAUGAAUGGAGAAGAAGUUUUGUAAUCCCCAUUUAUAAGAAUAAAGGAGAUAUCUAG